GUUGUUGCUGACCUUCUUAUACCUGACCAAAUUAUAAAGCUUCUCACUUUCGUUUGGGUUUUAACUUCUUUGGGCUCUCUUCUCUCUUGUCUACUCCUUUACGCUUUCCUUCUCCCAAACCCUAAUUGCGAUCGUAUCCACCGCGGUUUCAGAUCUCCAUCGCUGCCGAUCAGGAGCAAUGUCUUUUACACGUAACUUCCGCUCCCAAGGGGGCACUGCUGGUGAUGAAUAUUGGCCCUCAUUCAGUAGAAACGACUUCAAAAACUUCAACAACUGCAAAAACUUCAACAACUUCAACCACUGCAACAACAACUGGAACAGGAGCAGAAGCAAUAGUUUCUCUAGGAAUUUUAACAACUUCCAUAAUUACAUGGGCAAUUAUAGGGAGCAUACUGACUAUUCUAAUUAUUCCAAGCCUGACAGUGCUCCAUCGUUUAAGAGGAGAAAAUUUUCAGCUUCUACGUGGGGUGAUGGUGCGAGACACUAUCUUCCUGCCAACACAUAUGACUUUGCCCCGUCUAUCUACAAUAACUAUGUGCCUCACACAAGGUCCAAUGGUGAUGCCUCUACAUCUACUACCGGUAAACGUGACCGCUCAAAAUUAGAGGAGGAUGAACUGGCCUUUAUGUCAAGGGAUGAGAUUGAGAGACACUCCCCAUCUAGAAAAGAUGGUAUAGAUGCAGUGCGUGAAGCACAUUUGCGAUACUCAUAUUGUUCUUACCUUCAGAAUCUUGGAUUGCGGCUUGAUUUGCCACAAACUACUAUCGCUACUGCAAUGGUUCUCUGCCAUCGGUUUUUUGCUCGGCGAUCACAUGCUUGCCAUGAUAGAUUUUUGAUUGCUACCGCUGCUCUUUUUCUUUCUGCAAAGUAUGAGGAGACACCACGCCCUUUGAAUAAUGUGUUGAGAGCGUCUUGUGAGAUUUUCCAUAAGCAAGAUUUCAGUUUCUUGUCCUAUAUGCUUCCUGUUGACUGGUUUGAGCAGUAUCGGGAACGGGUGACUGAUGCCGAGCAAAUGAUACUGACCACUUUAAAUUUUGAACUCGGUGUGCAGCAUCCAUAUGAUCCUCUUACGUCUAUUCUUAACAAAUUAGGCCUUUCACAAACUGUUUUGGUGAAUCUGUCCUUAAGCUUGGUCAGUGAAGGGAUGUACACAAGAUUAGCGUUGAUCACCUGUAUGAUAUUCUUAGCUGGCGGAUUGAUAUGCUGUUCAUGGAAACUUUUUGAUUUACUUCUGAAGUUGAACUGCCGAUAUGUUGUGGAUGAAUUUUCAUAAUAUGCCCCAUCAACUUGGUCAUUGGCUAUUGAAUAUAGCCACAGAACCUCCAUAGCCAUUUUCACUAUUUUCUUUUAACAUUCUGGUGGAGUUUAUUCAGAAAGAGUCCUCUAAAGUCCUGCUUACAAACAUACAGUUUGUGAGACAGGGCUUUUUGUGUUCUAGGUUUUGGAGGAAGACCAUUCACUAGGCAAGGAUUUAUUUUGUUGUGCUUGGUAGCCCUUCCUGUCCUUGAGGCAUUUUUACGAACACCUCCAAUGACUUUGCCUACUAACAACAAGCGGUUGACCAGAUAUCUAGGGGUUGCUUUAGGUUUAACGGAGGCUAUGAUAAGUGUUUUCUUUCUGCAUCGGUUUUGAAAGUUAUGAAUUUUUUUUUUCCUUAUAACCUUUUGCACAAAUCAGAUAGUACACUGGGUUUGCACUCUGAGUGUUCUAAUUUUUCUUCCUUCUUGAGUAUCAGGGCUUCAAUCUGAUUUCAGUUUCGACCAAACGCUUUCUGAUGGAAGUUUAAACCUUGGCCCAAGAAUUGCAAAUUGUUGUAGAAAUGUUGCUAGUGAUGCAUGUGUCUCAGGAGCUUGUGUGGGUUCUGGCUGACUUAGAUGUUUUGUUGUUUUUAGUUUUGGGUUCUUUUUCCCAGUACAGAAUGGAAUGGGAGGCCUUAAAAUAUUGACAUUCAUCUACCCUCUCCCCCAAAGGAAGAAAAGAAAAUAGAAAAAAAAAA